AUGGGUAACGACGGCGGCUCCAUCCCCAAGCGCCACGAGCUUGUCAAGAAUGCCGCGCGCGCUCCCACGACUUCCGAACUAAAAGCAACUACUCUUGAAGCUCUCGCUCAUGCUUGGUCCCACUGUGCGCUCAGUGGCGAACCUCUCGAUCUCGAUACCCUUGUCUCCGACUGGCGCGGUCGUCUGUACAACUACGAAGCAAUCCUAAAUGGUCUUAUGCCAUCUGACGAACCUGCCGACAUCACACCCGCUAGUCUAGGUAUCAAGUCAUUGCGCGACGUGGCAAAGCUCAAGGUUUCCAAGGACGGCGACAAGCUGGUAUGCCCCAUCUCCAUGAAGGAGCUAGGUACUUCUGUCAAGACUGUUUAUCUGGUACCUUGUGGGCAUGUUUUUGCGGACAUAGCGAUCAAGGAGAUCCAGGAGAAGACUUGCCCCGAAUGCGGCACCGAGUUCGACCAAGACAACAUCAUUCCGCUUAUUGCGCAUUUAAAGGAAGACGUUGAGCGGUUGGAAAAGAGGGCCGAGAAUCUCAAGAGCCAGGGAUUGACACAUACAUUAAAAAAGGACAAGUCGGAAAAGAAGAAGAAGCGCAAGGGAGAUGAUGUGAAGGAAGAGGAUAAGGCGUCCAAUGUCACGAAGAAGGAGGAUGCCAGGAUCAGCGGUAUCAACAACUCUUUUGCUGCGUCGCUGACGGCAAAGGUAAUGGCUGAGCAGGAUGAACGGAAUAAGAGGCGAAAGCUAGUGGCAGAGUCGAGAAGAGAGGCCGCCAGAGGUUGA